ACUGAAGCACACCGAACAGCUGUCAAAGUCAUUAGGAGAAUGCAGUAUUUUGUUGCCAGAAGAAAAUUUCAGCAAGCCCGGAAACCAUAUGAUGUACGUGAUGUAAUUGAACAAUACUCUCAAGGACACCUCAAUAUGAUGGUCCGGAUAAAAGAACUUCAAAGAAGACUAGAUCAUUCCUUAGGGAAGCCUGCUCUUUUCCUUCCAGAAAAAGGGGUAGACAAAGGAUACUAUACUGUAGGAGCCAGACUGAUCCGGUUAGAGGAUAAGGUCAUGCAGAUGGAUCAAAAGCUUGAUGACAUCCUGAUUGCUCUCCAAACUCAGUUUGACACGUGGUUGCCGACACGGACAUCAGCCCCAGCCACCCCAACCACUAGACAUUUACAGUCAUCCUUGGAUUCCCCCCCUCUAACCUGGAAAAUGUAAAAGCCAUGAGGCAACAGCUUGCUGCCCUCUCAUUCAUUUAAGUAUGGUUAUUUUUAUUAUUAGUGUCUGGAACUUCUGAGACCAUCAUUGCUGGAAUGUAAAUAUUCUGCUGCAGGUUGUUAAAUCAAAAGGAAAAACAUGAUUAUGCUUCUGUGAGAAAACCUAACCUUUGUGCACAGAACCAUAGCAAUGCUGAGAGAAUCCUCCAGCCCAUGGGACUCUAAUAAUGCUGUAGUAUUUAACUGGCAAUGCACACACAGAGCACUGAGUUGAGGUGGAAAUCUAAGUCAUAAGACAACUCAUCCAGAGGUAGGAAUGAAGGAGGGACUGUCUUUUCAGUAUUCAAUCUUCUGUUCUCACUAGUUUAUUGUGCAUAGCAUACCCAAGCAGGGAGAGGGGACCAAUACUGGAACACAAAACAAAUGAAAAUCAAUCAAAAGGAAAAUUGAACAGCAUGUUUUGCAGUAAAAAUAAGUACCAACCAGCAAGGAUCAUGAAAAGGGCACUGCUAAUGUGAAUGACAAAAUAAAGACAAUAGACUGCUGCUUAAAAAUAUGAACAUGUAGACAGACUGGCUGAUAUAGGGAAGACUGAAGCAAGCUCUCAGCUAAUUAAAGUCAAAGGUUUGCAAAUGAGAUGGGAUGCACGUUGGAACAGUCAGAUACAGGAAACAAUACCAGCUUAGAAUAACAACAGAAGAACAUUUCAAUAGUUAUCACCUGCACUGAUGGUUGUUAUGCAACAUAUUUUCAAACUUUUACUUUCAUUAACUGAUGACUGUUAAUUCCAGUUGCCUUAUUUUUAAUAUAAGACACCAGGAUAAUAACUGUAUAUAUAAGAAUCUGGAAACUACCCAUUCAAUGCCUCAGCUGAUGCUGGGCAGCUGUGAGCUGAAGUUGUGACUUUGAAUGACCACAUUUGAAUGCACAUACAGUUGAUAAAAGCUAGUCACUUUGCUAGUAUACUAUUUGCUGUCUAUAAUUUAAAAUGCUGAGUUUUCAUGGAAUGUGAUUGCAAAUUGACUAUAUGUAUUAUCUGAAGCAUUGUUUCUGUGAAAUGUUACUGACAUGAGCAAUUUUCAAACAUAAGAAAUUGAUUCUUUCCUUGCUCUCCAGAAAAGGGAUGAUGCAUCAUUAUUGUUAAAAUACGUAAAUAAUAAACCUAAAUAAAAAGGGUAUAUUGCUAUUUACUGAAGCCCUUAUAUUUGCCCUCAUAUUAUGCAAAUAAAUACCUCCUGCACCACCUCCAAAUAUAUAUUUGCAUAAUCAAGGGUCUGAAUGAACAAGUGUUGCUGGAAUUAGGAGUCCACAGAGCUAGGGCCUCAUUCUGUAAGGGGAUAAGUACCUUCCAGCACCACUGAAAUCCAUGGAGACUGAAAGUGUUUAGCACUUACCAGGGUGAAUUUGGCAUCUUAUAAGAUUGGGUCUUUAAUAGACCUGUGCGAAGUGGCUAGUAUUCACUUCAGAUUCGGAUUCCGCCG